ACUACCACUAUUUUGCAUAUGUGAACAUAAUUUAUAGGUUUAUGGCGGCGGUGUUGUUUCUUUGUUUUUGGUUUCACUUGUUGGUUUAAAUGUUGCCCCAAGGAGAAAGAACUUGCUUUAGUACAUUUGUCUAUGGCCUGCCUGUUUUACUAGCUAUAUUGCCCGCAGCGACAAGCAAUGGGCUCUCAGCAGCAAAGAUCGAGAACGUUACUAUUCAUAAACAAGCUCGCGUUGGGUUAAUUUACUAUAAUGUUCCAAUCGAAUGGCAGUUUACACCUUUCAACCAGAGUCGUGUGCCAUCUUUUCAAAUAUGGCUAACAAGCGACGACAAGGAUUUUGGAAACAAGAGGACAAUUGACUCUUCGACACCCGGUGGGAACAUGUUCAAAUACAUAUUCCUACGCCUUCCACCAGACAAGAAUUAUACUGCUCAUAUCGAGUGCUACUCGUCGACGAAAAAUUUGAUAUCUUACGCGAACAUCACGUUUGGGGUAAAGCGAGAAAUCCUGACUGAAGAAGGCGUGAUGUCAACAAAUAUCUGCGCUGCAGAUGGGUAUUUGUUCAUCCAUUGGGCAGUACCAGAGGAUUUGCGGUAUUCCUCUACACCUGUUUCAUUCGAUAUGACAGUUUGUAAUACGAAUUCGACUCCACAAGCAUGUACAAAUGGAGUAAAAACAAUGUGUAAAGCAAUAUACUAUUAUAACGGAUCCUCCUGCAGCGGUAGCAUUCAGUUAUAUGAAGAAAACUGGAAAAAAUAUGUUACUGGAGAACAUUCAGAUGUAGAUACAAGUAUGGCCAGGCCCUUGCUGAAGUCUUGGGACAAACUUAGAUACGUAUUUGGGUGUGGUAUAUAUUUGGAAACAUGUAAAAAAGUUCGUUUCGUACAACCCCUAAAGUAUUAUGUGCGUACUGGCGAUGGCAUAGUCGGAAAUCAAUAUGAAAAAGUAGAACUAUAUAAAGGUUUUUCAUCACCUGAACUGGGCGACGACUUCGUUCAUUUGAUACAGACUAGAGAAAACCCAAACAGUAUUACCGCUGUAAUUCGUUUGCGUUUUAAUAUAAUUUGCACACGCAAUUCUGCAAGGAAUUUUAGAUUUAUUCUGUCGACAUCAGGAGAGGACAUAUACAAGCAUCGUGUCGUAGACAUCGUUGAUGUCGGACAUUCAUAUAAUGGAACAUAUACAAAAUGGAUACACGUUCCCCACAUUAUUCCACAUUCAAAUUAUACAGUUCGAGUCAUAACGACAACCUUUGUUGAUAUCAAGCCAGAAACCACAACUCGAACCUUUACAACCCCCGAAGGAGUGCCAAACCAUAGUCCUGAGUUACAGCCAACUUUUCUUGGAGUGUAUGAUUGUACUGAAAAUAAAAGAAAUGUGACGGUGAACUGGAAGUUUCCAGAUCCGAGGGAACGAAAUGGCGUGAUAAGGAACGUAACCGUGAAAUAUUUUACGAAGAAUUCCAAUCCAAAAUAUAUCAAUCUGCCCAGAGUAACAACAACCACGAUUUUUGGUUUGGAUUGUGAUACCGAGUAUAGUGUACAAGUUCGAGCAUGUUACCAUGGCAACACAAAUUGCAGCGUGUACAGCAAGAUUAGAGUUAUCACGGUCCACCAUGUCGAUAUUGAUCGCCAAACAGGUGAUGUUAACUAUCGUCUUCCUCUGUGGAUCAGCCUUGGCAUUGGCGUGCUAUUAAUCCUUGUACUUUUCAUAGUGUCUCUGUAUUGUGUUUGCAGGAAAAAAAAGAAGGCCCUCGAGCCGCUCACAGAGGAUGACAUCAACCGGUAUUAUAAACCAGAUGGUAAAGAGUUGUCUGAAGUGGGAGAAUAUUGGAGGCUAGAGGAUGAUGCGGAAAACAAAUCCGAACAAGCUAGUUCCUAGGCUCACAAGAAACAAGACUGGAUUAUAAGGAGUAAGACUACGGUAUAUCUAUAUGGUUUCAAGCGAGCCUUUUACAAAAACAUUGGGAACGGCAAACUAAAAUGGGAAGAACUGGGCAAGAAAUCCUUGAUAUCGAAGUGGCAUUCAACAACAGACCGCUGACGUACUUAGAAGAUGAUGUCGAACUAGCCAUCCUCACCCCUAACACCAUUUUGAACAUCAACCCAAGCGUUUUACCCAAGAUGAAAUCUCACCUCAUCGACGAAAAGAACUUACGGAAACGAGCCAAAUUUCUCAAGAAGUGCAAAGAAACCAUGUGGAGGCGGUGGUCAAGAGAAUACAUUAGGGGUUUACGUGAACGCCAUCGAUAGGUAAGCCAGAAGAAUGCCUUACAUUCUAAAGACCAGAGACGGGACGCCGUGAUUAUUCAAGACGAGAAGAAGAACCGAAACCUUUGGAAAUUGGAGAUUGUUGUGGAGCUGAUAAUUUUUUCGUUAGCCAGAGCGAGGGCAAUUUCAGGUUUAAAAGUCGGGAAUUUUUAUGUCACUUGGGUGAAAACAUAAAAUUUAUCCGAAUGUAUAUGAACUAGAGUUUAUGUUCAAAAAAAUUUUAAACAUUCUCCGUUACAUUGCUAUAAGGAAAAUUGAUGCACAGAUUUAACUUAACUUCCUCUUCCUGUUGCAAUUUUAACGCGUAGUGAUGUAUUAACCGCACAGCAAAUAUUUAUAUUGCUGUUUAAACUAUCGCAAUAUGCAAAACUACAAGAAUCGUAUUUCAAAAGUACAAUAGUUGAGAAAGUGAUACUGUGAUAGCUUCGCAAGUUCUUGGAAAUUCAGAAAUUGUGAUUUGUUUUCCUGGAAUAGGAAACGACCUCUUCCGGUUGGUUAUUCAGAUUUCAGAUUUCAAAACUACCACUAUUUUGCAUAUGUGAACAUAAUUAUAGAUUUAUGGCGGCGCUAUUGUUUCUUUGUUUUUGGUUUCACUUGUUGGUUUAAAUGUUGCCCCAAGGAGAAAGAACUUGCUUUAGUAUAUUUGUCUAUGGCUUGCCUGUUUUACUAGCAAUAUUGCCUGCAGGGACAAGCAAGGUUGGAUGUACACAGACAGCGUCCCCACUGAUUUAAUAGUUACCAAAUUUAUACCAGGAGGGGCAGUCUAACUGCAUAUAUGGUCUGGUCAUAAUAUGCAGGGAAAAGAAGCUGGUUGCCCAAGCUGCCCUGUAGUGUGUGAAUUGUAUGGGUGCAAGAUCCCAAAAAUGUUGAAAUCUUGCAGUGCAUAUUUCUACAUGGAAAGUAAUGCUAAUGGUCUGUCUAUUGAUUGGUUACCUAAAGAGAAGUUAUUAAGAUCGAUGGCCUAUGCAACUAUGCAGACAAAUCAAUUGCUUCUCCAUUUCCGCAUGGAUAGGUCAUUCAACCCGCCUACUAGCCCUGACAAGCAAAAGUGCUUCCUUACAAAUGGAACAAUUUGCAUUUGGGCAUAUGUGCUAGAAUAAUUAAUUGUUGAAUCAAAAGAUACAACUGAAAAUCUGAAGAGGUCACCAAUAUUUUUGCCUGUUUAAAGUAAAUCAUUGAGUUAGGACUCAUAUUGUUUGGUAUUCAAACACAUGCAGUUGUUUAAAUGCCAGUUUGCACUACAGUAUAAAUAUGCCAAUUUAUUAUCAAGUAGGUGAACAUUCCUGUACAUAUUCUUCGAAAUGAAGAGUUAUUUUUUUAUGUAUGUGUUAAAAGCCAAUGAUUUGCACCUUUUAUCAGAGUAAAACUUACAAUGUCUGAGUUGAAAAUAAUGAAGUUCUGACUAAUUAUUGAAAGGGUAUAUUGUUGGAAUGUUGACAUAUAAUUCUCAGUUC